CUCUUCUUUAUGCAACUAUUUUUGGAAACGUCACCACCAUUUUCCAGCAAAUGUAUGCCAACACCAACCGAUACCAUGAGAUGCUGAACAAUGUGAGGGAUUUCCUAAAAUUAUAUCAAGUCCCAAAAGGCCUUAGUGAAAGAGUCAUGGAUUAUAUUGUCUCAACCUGGUCCAUGUCUAAAGGAAUUGACACUGAGAAGGUUCUCUCAAUUUGCCCAAAGGACAUGAGAGCAGAUAUUUGCGUGCACCUAAACCGGAAAGUUUUUAAUGAGCACCCUGCCUUCCGGCUGGCUAGUGACGGCUGCCUGCGAGCCCUGGCUGUGGAGUUCCAGACGAUCCAUUGUGCCCCGGGGGACCUCAUCUAUCAUGCUGGGGAAAGCGUUGAUGCUCUUUGCUUUGUGGUCUCAGGAUCCCUAGAAGUCAUCCAGGACGACGAGGUGGUAGCUAUUUUAGGUAAAGGUGAUGUGUUUGGUGAUAUCUUCUGGAAGGAAACCAGUCUGGCCCACGCGUGUGCCAAUGUACGGGCUCUGACAUACUGCGAUUUACAUAUUAUUAAACGAGAAGCCUUGCUUAAAGUGUUGGACUUUUAUACUGCUUUUGCAAACUCGUUCUCAAGGAAUCUCACGCUCACCUGCAAUUUGAGGAAACGGAUCAUCUUCCGGAAAAUCAGUGAUGUCAAGAAGGAAGAAGAGGAACGCCUGCGCCAGAAGAACGAGGUGACGCUGAGCAUCCCUGUGGACCACCCUGUGCGGAAACUCUUCCAGAAAUUCAAACAGCAAAAGGAGAUGCGUAAUCAAGGCUCAACCCACAUCGACCCAGAAAGGAACCAGCUUCAGGUGGAAAGCCGGAGCGUGCAGAACGGGGCUUCCAUCACAGGUACCAGCGUGGUCACCGUGUCUCAGAUCACCCCCAUCCAGACGUCCCUGGCUUACAUGAAAACCUGUGAGGCUGUGAAGCAGAACAACCGGGAUGCAAUGGAGCUCAAGCCAAAUGGAAAUGGAGACCAAAAAUGUCUGAAAGUAAACAGCCCCAUGCGUAUGAAAAACGGGAAUGGGAAAGGGUGGCUUCGACUGAAGAACACGAUGGGGACCCACGAGGAAAAGAAGGAGGACUGGAACAACGUCACGAAGGCUGAGUCCAUGGGGUUGCUGUCUGAUGACCCCAAGUGCAAUGACUCGGAGAACGGUGUAAAUAAAAACCCACUGAGGAAAACAGACUCUUGUGACAGUGGAAUAACAAAAAGUGACCUUCGCUUGGAUAAAGCUGGUGAGACUCGCAGCCCACUGGAGCACAGCCCCAUUCAGGCUGAUGCCAGGCAUCCUUUCUACCCUAUUCCUGAGCAGGCCUUACAAACCACGCUGCAGGAAGUCAAGCACGAACUCAAAGAAGAUAUCCAGCUGCUAAGCAGUAGGAUGGCUGCCCUUGAGAAGCAGGUGGCAGAAAUUUUAAAAAUAUUGUCCGAAAAGAACGUACCCCAGAUCUCUUCCCCAAAGUCUCAUUUAUCACCCCAGCAGCCCCCCCAGAUACCCUGUCAGGAUAUUUUUAGUGUUUCAAGGCCUGCAUCACCUGAAUCAGAAAAAGAUGAAAUCCACUUUUAG